AUGUCACCCCCACAGGAGCUUGUCCCACAAACAGAUUCUAUCGCGGAGGUCUAUGCCACCGACGAUGCUUCCGUGAAUUCAGUUGCUGCCGAACACCAGCAGCGAUUUUCAGGACUGGUUUCUCAGUUCAAUAAGCAAUACAACCACCGACCAGACUUUGUCGCCCGCAGUCCCGGCCGUGUCAACAUUAUCGGCGAGCACAUCGACUACUCCCUUUACGAUGUUCUCCCCACUGCCGUCAGCGUUGACGUGAUUAUGGCUGUCAAGGUCAUCCCAAGCACCUCUGGUACCACUAUUAAGAUCGCCAAUGUCUCGCCAGACAAGUUCCCCACCCGCGAGUUCAGCGUACCGCAUGAUACCGACAUUGAGAUUGACCCCAAGAAGCACGAAUGGAUUAACUACUUCAAGGCUGGUCUGUCGGGUGCCCUGAAGUUUUUGCGCAAGGAGAGACCCGAUGGCGCGGCUCCGGUCAGCAUGGAGAUUUUGGUCGACGGCAAUGUGCCCCCCGGUGGUGGGAUCUCGAGUAGCGCUGCGUUUGUUUGUGCCAGUGCUCUGGCUGUCAUGAAAGCCAACAACCACAAUGUGUCGAAGCAGGACCUGUUGGAUCUGGCUGUUGUUUCUGAGCGCGCAGUCGGUGUAUACUCUGGUGGCAUGGAUCAGGCCGCAUCCAUCUUCUCAAAGCGCGGUUUCCUACUUUACACCCAGUUCUACCCUGCCUUCCAGGUCGAGCACGUCCCCAUCCCUACUGCAGCCGAUGAGAUCACCUUCCUCAUGGCCCAGAGCUUUGUUACGUCGAACAAGGCUGACACCGCACCCCGCCACUACAACCUGCGCGUGGCUGAAUGCACCCUCUCCGCCGUGAUCUUGGCCAAGAGCUUUGGCCUCACUCUGCCGAAGGAUAGCAGCUCCUUGGGCUACAGCCUGCGCAACUUCCAGAACCAGCUGAUGACCAAGGAAGGCCGUCUGGGUGACCCACUGGAGUACCAGAUUGACUCCGUUAUCCAAGCGGUGCAGGAUCUCUUUACCAAGGAAGAGGGUUACACACGCGAGGAAAUGGCCCAGCUUCUGGAAAUCACCGUUCCGGAGCUUGAGUCAAAGUUCUUGUCUGCAUUCCCUGUACAAGCGGAGCGGUUCCGUCUCCGCCAGCGGGCGCUACACUGCUUCAAAGAAGCGCGUCGUGUAUUGGAUUUCAAAGCUUGCUUGGCGAAUGCUUCACAGUUGGAUGAGAAGCGCAUCCACUACUUGGGUCAGCUGCUGAAUGAGUCUCAAAACUCGUGCCGUGUCGACUACGAGUGCAGUGCACCUGAGGUGGAUGAGAUCUGUGCUAUUGCGCGGAAAGCAGGUACCUGGGGUAGCCGAUUGACUGGUGCUGGAUGGGGUGGUUGUACUGUUCACAUGUUGCCUCAGGGCAAAGUCGAGGCUGUAACGACGGCCUUGCGAAAUGAGUACUACUUGAAGCAUUUCCCUGAUAUCAGUGCAGAGAAGCUGGCGCAGGCCAUGGUUAUCAGCAAGCCGUCAAACGGCUCUUUCGUGGUUACUGGAGCUGCCAUUGAUCAGGUUCCUCUGUGA